AUGGCUGGACGUAUUCCCUCACCACCUGGGGCUGCGGAAUAUGUUGUCUCAAGGCCUGUAACUGAACUGCCAGCUGACUUGCCGAGUGUGAUCGCAAGAUGGCGUGAAGAGGGAAGCCAGCUGGACGGUGAAAAUCUGCCAUCUUCCGAAACAACCAAACCGGAGCUACCAGAAGGGGAGGCAGGUAGCCUGCUGGCUGAUAAACGCCCCCCCCGUAGUCGUCCGGGAACCAGUCGGCAGCAGUCUAAACCAGCCGGACUCCGCAAAUCUCGGAUGAAGUAUAGGCUAACACUCCAAGACAUCAAUCGGGCAGGGACUCGAGAUGCGGCUAUUGCCGAUGAAUUAUGGGAUAGGAUCGAUGAUAGCUAUAACGCUCAAGAAGAGGCAGCAGACAACGCAUCACGCAGAGCCUGGUCGAGAACUGGCGAGAAGUGGGUGGCCAGCUGGAUGAUGGGGGCAUACCACGGUCUCGCUGUAGUCGUCUAA